AUGCCCGCAGGCAAAGGAGGAGACGGCGGUGUGCAGCGGCUCGACAUAUACAACAACGACUCGACAUGGGUUCAGCGGCUCGACAUGGGUUCAGUGGUGAGACAUGACGGCAGCGGCUCGACAACAGCGGCUCGACAUGACGGCGGCUCGACAAGGGCGUUCAGCGGCUCGACAUGGGCAGCGGCUCGACAAGCAGCGGCUCGACAUGGGCAGCGGCUCGACAAGCAGCGGCUCGACAUGGCUGUGGCUAUAGAUGGAUGGUGGACAGUGGGACCCAACUAG